AUGGUCACGGCACACGACCUUGUCAGAUCCCGCGGAGCCCUGGCACGGAUACCGGGCCCGACCCGCUUCCUCCCGCAGCCACACUGCGCCGCGGCGCCGCUAUCCAGUCUCGCUCGGAAACCGAACCAGGCGCCCGGGACUGGACAAGAUGGCCCAUCCGAGGAAGCGAAACGGGGACAGGGGGAAGAGCAGGCCGAGCUCGAGCUCACGCAGCGGCUGCGCGAGGCAAUCGGCCCCUUGGAGGACCGCUGGGACGGUAGCCCGUUUCUCCAGAUCCUCUCGACCCCGCUUCGCCGAUGUGCCCUUACUGGCCACGUCUUGCCAAAAGAUCUGAUGAUGCAGCUCAAGCCUGUGCGCCUGCCCAAGACGGCUUCCGCACACGAUGGCGGCGGCGGCGGGAGCAGCGCCGGCGAGGGAACAAAGAAGAAGCAGGACCGGUCAAACCAGGUCAUCCUACCCGACCAGCUGCUCCACCCACGCUUCAGCCAGCGCAAGCUCGGAAAGGGGAUGUGGGUCACGCUGCACAAGACCAUCCUGGAAGCCGUAGAGAGCCAAGGAGCGUACAAGCCAAUGGCGCCGCAGGCGAGGUUCCCGCCCAACCUGUCCGACUUCAUCACGGCGCAGCUGCAACAGCGGGUGGUGCAAGAGGCCGCGCUGAUGAAGAGCCGGAUCUGCACGCGCCGCCGCCAGGACGUCGUCGAGACGUUCUCGCAGCUCCAGAGGGACCACCGUCGCACUGGCCACCAGCGCGGCAUGACGGUCAUCAAGACGACAUCGAGGGAUGAAGCUCGACGGCUCCUCGCUUCGUCCAUUGAGAAUGACGACGACGACGACGAGGGGCUGCAACGGCGUCUCGAUGCCGUCUCCUCGUUCGAGGCUUCUUGCCUCGACGACACCGUCGCACCCGCGCCGACGCGCCCGGAUGCGGGGGCAGAUGCCCAUCCCAGGACCAGCGACGACAACGAUGACGACGUCGGCGGAUACGUGCUGCGGCAAUGUGCGGAGACCGUCGAUGUCGCUGUUGCACUGUGGAGACUCAGAAUAUGGAUCGAGUCCUAA